AUGGACAUUUUUAUUUUGACAUGGAACGUACAGAAAGGUAGAAAUUACCUGAUCGAUCUGCAUCGUAUCCUGAGAGAGAACAAGGCCGACACGGUUUACAUCGCAUUGCAGGAGGCACACAAUUUUAUAAUUCCAUGGGCCAUUCAAAAGCUAUUUCUAAAUUUUUUUUUCAAAGCGUACAAAUACAGGGAGACAGAACGUUUUUGUGGAUUGGUCACGAUAAUUUUAUCAAAAUACAGAAUAUGGACAUCAAAUACAUUCGUGCCCUUGCCUAAUUUGUACUUCAGCAAGGGAGCUAUCGUAACCAACUUAACGAUAAACUAUACAAAUAUUUUAUUGGUCAAUCUACACUUGCAACAUGGUGUUGGACACGAAGCCUUGAGAAUAAAUCAGAUGAAAAGGAUUGUCAGGUCUGUGGAGGGCCAUUUCAGCUAUAUUUUUGUUUGCGGUGACUUUAACACGCGUGUGGAUGUCAAAAAAAUUCGCACAAGCUUUGACUUAGAUGAGUUUGGCAUGCUGUCAAAUUUGUACACCAAAAUAUGUCAGAAACGAUCUCGCAAUGUCACUGCUGACAAGGAGUGGAUGAACACGUACAACACAUGCAUGGAAAAGUUCAAAAAGGCUGAUCAGAUGAAUGCAUUUAAGUUGAUUUUUUGUCUCGAUGAAUUUGAUGUCAGGUUUUUGCCGUCAUACAAGUAUCACACGGCAACCGAUGCAUAUAACCUGAGGCAGACUCCUUCAUGGUGCGACAGGAUUCUGUUUAAAACCGUGAAUGAGCUGGAAUGCAUGUUAUACAGGAGCGAUACGCUCAUCGCUACAAGCGAUCACAAGCCAGUCAUGGCACAAUUCUGGAUAAGAGACGGCUUUGAACUCAAGAGCAUGAACAAAGUAGCAAAAAGAGUGUAUUCAUCAUUUUACAUGGGCCAUACUGUUCGUUUUAUCUAUAACAAUUUCAUUCUUGUUUUGAUUACGUUAAUUUUCGUUCUACAACAUUUUUUUAUCGAGUUGCGAGGCAGGUUCUCAGCUGGUGACCAGGCCGUAUGAAUGAAGCUUUAAAAUUUUCCUGUCUAAUAAAAUCACUGAUUUAGCCGUCAAAAAUCAUAAAAUGCACAGGUGCCUGCAUUGAAUAAAAUUACGUAGUUAAUUUUAAAGGUUUCGCACCGUACGCCAAGU